UGGAACGAGAGAGGCCCAAAUGGUUUUCGCCGCCAACACAGAGCAGGCAAGCAAGCGACCAAGGAAAUUAGAAAGCAAAAUAUUCGGGACCGUCCCUACCACCGUAUAUCCCCAUUGCUUUAGGAAUUUAAACUUGUUUGGAAUUACUCCUUGCUCAUAAAAUCUCUAUCAAAAUCAAGUUUUUGCUUUUCACUCAAUUUGAAGAAUUCCUUGGCAAGAUUCAGAGCAUUGUCAAUACUCCGCUUAAUUCUUCUCUCGAGAUUUGCAAUUCGUUUAGAAUUAGGAUCAUUUGAAGUAUGAGACUAAGGAAGGGGGAUCGAGUUGAGGUGUUGAGCCAGAAGGAGGUUUCGAGUGGUUCAUGGAGUUGUGCUGAAAUUAUUUCUGGUAAUGGCCGUUCUUAUAGCGUGAGAUUUUUGUCUUCGGUGGAAGCAGUGGAGAGGGUACCGAGGAGGGCGAUUAGGCCCUGUCCUCCUCCUGUCGCAGGGUCAAAUGUUUGGGCUGCUGGAGAUCUAGCUGAAGCCUUCCACAAUUCCUCGUGGAAGCAAGCAAAAAUUAUGAAGAUCGUUAGUGUUCAUUGCUAUAUAGUAAGACUACUCGGAUCACCAUUAGACGUAUUGGUUAGGCAAUCAAACCUGAGAAUGCGACAGGCUUGGCAUGAUGGCCGGUGGUUUCUCCUAGGGAAGGCCAUUGGAGGCUCGGGUUCGUUGUCUAGAAAUAAGCAAACAAAGCCAAACAUGGUGAAAAGCAAGGAUCAACAGCUAGUGGUGACGUUUCCUGGUCGUCGAAAGAGGCCAUUGCCUAGUCAAUCCUUAAGUCACAAUUUAUCUGUCCAAACAAAGAAAGUCACUGAAAAAGAUGUUAGGUGUUUGCCCACAUCAUGGAUAAAGGAUGAUAUGAACUUAACACAAGAGCUGAACACGAUUAGAUUGAGCUCAACCUUUCGUACUGAAAAUGUUGAAGUCAUUUCAGGCAGUGCUGGUUUGAGGGAGGGCAACGUUGUUCCAGUAACCUCAACCCACAUUCAGGCAGAUAGUUGUGCAUCUUCUGUUGGCAGCAAUAGGUCCACUGAUGAUUUUUUCAAGGACCCAUUUGUUUCUGUAGCUCGUCGUAGUAAAGAUGUGGAUUGUCAUAGCGAUGCCGAAUCAGCUACAGGAAGGGGACAUGGGGAAGAAGAUUCAUGCUCCCAUAAGGAAGUAUUAGCUAGAUUCCACAGCCUAUGGCACUUCAGUUGAGGAAAAUAUGGGUACUUUCCCUUGUUAUGACAUGGAAUAAUUUGGAGGCUUUGGGGGUUUCUGCAGCGUUUCGAAACGGUAAUGGAUUAUACUUGUCUCCUUUUCUACAGCAAGCCAUUUGAUAAGUAAUCUCUUACUUUUUUAUGCUUUCUUGAGGUCUAAUUUAAUCUAUGUUUGAUACGAGUAGAGAUGCAAGUUGAUAACUGAAAUAAAUUAACUUAUUGUGUUAUAUCUAUACUGUGAUCAACGCUGCUGUUCGUUUCGGUUAUUCUGAAAACCGGAUUAAAGUAAAUUUUCUAUAUGUUGCAAUUGCCAUGGUGUUCUCUGACCUUCUCUUACUUUUGAUCUCAAGCAUUACAUUCAUCCAUAUUGUUGUACACUUCGUUUUGUUUUUCUCUCUUGACAAUGUAGGUGAAACACAGUACAGGCCUGCUGUUGGGGUGGCUAAAGAUCUUUUCAGGGGGAGAGGGGCAAUGGUUCCGUUGCUCGUUUCUUGUCCCCAUCAAUCGUCGUAGCCUAUUUGGAUUGACUUUUUAAGUGCUUAAAAUCAUUGUUUUAAACGCCUAAAAAGUCAAUCCAACCAGGCCUUUUGAGUCUUUUAAGUGAUGUCUAUCAAAUAUCUAACAUUUUUGUUUGUGAACAGAGAUAGCUUUGAUCUUUCAUACUCUUCUGAUCAGUUGACAAAGGACCCGGGUAAGGAGAAGAAUAGUUGAUCUAAAUAGGCCAAAAUCGUCACGGCUAUUCGAUGUUGUUUAUGAAGCAGCUGAGCAACCCAAAAUGAAGAUUGAGCUUCAAAACUUUCACAUUGUUGCACGCAAGCUUCAAGCCGGUGCAGCGGCUGAUGCUGGUAAAGGAUAGGAUUCUACCCUCGUGCUUUUUCCUAGGCAAAGUGCUUCCUUCUUCUCCACUGCCUAUCAAUUUCAUAGGUACAAAAUCUCAUACUUAAAAUUUUGAAACUGUUGGAGUCUUAAGACAUAAAAUAUGUUUUUUCUC